UAAUAAUCUCGGAUCAGGAGGAAAAGCGUUAACAGAUGCAUUUUGCAAGAAUACCCCUAGACUAAACUUAGAACGGAGAACGGGGAUGCAAAAACAUAAGCAGAUGCAUUCACAAGAGCAUCGCCGUGAUUUUAUGCAGAUUAUACCUCUAGUAAACUUUGGAUCUGAAGAUAGAAAAGCAUUAAUAG